CACGCGUUACUGUUUUCUCAUUUUCUGGUUCAUAAAUUGUUCAUAAUCAUACUUGUACCUUCACAGCAGUUAAUUAGUGGCCUUAGUUCUUUGAAAAUUAUUCUGAAUCAAAUUUGUAUAUUUCUGAAUUCCAAAGUGCAUGGACAAAGGUAAAGUAGAGGAUAUCAUUUGGAGACUAAGGUAGUUGGUCGGUACCAUGUACAAAAGAAGACCAAAGGGCUUAGGAGUCGGACUCCGAGCGCCCUCACAGAAACCGUCUGUUCAGCCUCCCUCAGAUUCCUCCCAAUCCUCAGUGGGAAGUGCCUUGCAAGACAUUCAAAACCGUCCCAGCAGUACCAGUUCAGAUGGAACCACCAUACUCUCUCAAGACUUCUUUGAUAAAAUUCCCCCUGCUUCUACGCCAAAAAAAGGAACAGAGAAUAUUCCUGAUUCGGACCCUGUGGAUGAAGGCAUGGACACAGAUGAAUUGCUGAACGUUUUCAAAUCACCUGGUAAACCACCACGGUCUCCUGAACCACGUGCUAAGAAAGUGAAAAGAGAUCAUGGAAAGAGCAAAGAGCAGUACAAAGAGAUGCAUUCAAAACAAAUUUUAUCAUACAUGGAAGACAUAGUAGUUACGGCAGGAUUUUUUUUGCAGCAAGAUGAUUCGCCAAACAUCCUAAAUGAGGACCAGGCGAUCUUCAUCAAUAACGUUUCCAAAGCUAUGAAGUCAGGACCUGUUGAUAAAAAUGUCUCCAUUUUUAUGAAAGACUUUGAAAAAUAUCAUGAAGACAGGAAGUUACUGUUCAAAGCACUGUCACCUACUCAGACUGGAGAGGACUGCAACAUUGCCCGAGGUCACACACAAGACAGCCUGGUCCAUCUUUUGCUCCAAGUGGAUUGCCUAGAGCCUAAACUAAUGGAAUAUUUGCUAGAAAAAAUGGGCGAAAUAGCAAUGGAUGAAGAUUCCAGUGACUCAGAUGUCUCUACUGUCACAUGGAUUCGAAUGAUUCUUCAGUCCUUCAGGUUUCUCAACAAAAUCUCGGACCCAGGCAAAAUGAACACACAGCUAUUCGAUAUCAUACAUGCCUGUGAUAAUCCUGUGGUACAAAGAGAAAUUAUUGUAUGUCUACCUGACAUAAUCGGAGACAUGGACCAUUUCAAUGCUGCAUCAGAGCUGAGCAAAUUGCUAAGAGAAAAACCUGCCUUAACAACCGCUGUGCUGGAUGCUCUGACAAAUCUUUCACUCCAAUCUGAGACGAGGGUAGAAGUGCAGCAGUCACUACUCCGUAGUUUACGGCGAGCUCCUGUCGAAUAUUUGCCGAGUAUGGUUAAGUUCCUUGUAUCAGUCUCAUCAGUGGACGAAGCAAACGAAGUCAUCAAUGGUUUGAGGCUUGAGCUUUUCCCCUCUGUGAUUCCAGCCUUGUCACAGACACGCACUCAAAAUGCCAAACCAGCAGAUAUUGCCUCCUCCAAGAAACUAUGUUUUAACAUGAUACGUUAUGGACUUCUUGUAUCCAAAGUUCUAGCAGACACUUGGCUGAAAAAUAUUGAGAAUAUCUCUAAUCCUGGAGGAAUGAAGGCACUAGAUGUUGUGGUCCUGCUGAUCAUGUACUCAAUUGCUGCCAACACAACAAGAAAGACAAAGCUUGAAACAUUGUUCCGCACAAAAAUUGUCAAAGGAGUUUUGAAAAUUGCAGUCAUGGAGGAUGUUUUUGAGUCUUUCCUUCUGAUAGUUGAAGAUAAUUUUGCAUCUUUGAUGAAAAUUGCAUCAGUGCUUCUUAAGUGUCCAGAAGUUGUUGUUACUGAAUUUGCAUCUGAUCUUUACUGCAACUGCUUCAGUCACGUGUCUGGACAGUGGUGUAAGUGGAUCGUAACGGAGUUAUUAAUGUAUGUUGGCGCAGGCGACGCAAUGCACACUCGGUCUGCUCUUCAAAUCCUGAAUCAGCUGGCCGAAACCCAGCUCAGCAAGCUCAAAAACUUUGCAGUUCUCCUCACAUCGCUGCUCAACAAACUCAAUGAGAUCGGCCUGAAUGAGGUUCGUAUGCUCAUGGACACGCUCUCGCGCAUCGCAUAUUCCUCCGUCAGCGAUGAUGUCAACACGGACUGUUAUGCACUUCAAGAUGAGCUCAAUAUGCUGGCACGUAAACAGCUGGCCAGUUCACAAGUCAGUACAGUGCGCAACGGAGUGGUGUCAACAGUCAUGAUCAUUAAGCACAUAGCCAGUGUCCCCAACAGUGAGGAGAAUGAAUGGCCUGAUCGGGCCAGUGAAAUUGACGUGCCACUCACAGAUAGAGCAAAAAGAGCUUUUCCUUUGCUAGAUCUCGUCAUGGCCAGUACAAGAUUAAACCCUGAAGCACAGGGCUUGUUUUUUGAUCAGCUUUCAAAACUCAUUUUCCGAACAAAGAAUUUGGACCGGGUGCUCUUGUAUCGUGUCUCUGUUGCCAUGAAAAAUAAUUUGCAGGAGUCCUUUUUGAUCAGUGUACCAGACUUCUCUAGGAAGGAAAACACUUUUGAAUAUGCACUUCAGUUCAGUCUGGAAGAGAACGAGGAAGAUGGUAUUGCUCUGGACCUAACAUCUUUAGUCAUCAAAGACCAUGAAAAGCGUAUCCCUGUUGACUCAGUCCUUUUCCCUUUGUUGAUUUUGCCGUCUCUGGUGCGACUCUUGCGAGCCCUUGAAAGCGAAGACCUGAGCGAAAUUGACGCACUUCUUGUGUGUCCUGUUGCCAUGCCCACCUUGGAAACUCUGGACGAAUUUCUCAACUUGUCUCCGGAUGAUCAAACCGUCGUCAUGAAUUCAUUAUUCUACUGCGUCAAUUGGUACCGAGAGAUCAUCAAUGCAUUUUCCUGUUUCAUCCGGAAGGAGAAUGGAGAUAAGGUUGUUAUGAGGCUCCGUCUGAUCAUCUGGUUACAAAAUCAAAUCUCUCGGUGCUUGCCUAAAAUGAUCAUUCCUGAUUAUUGCCCACCAAUGGCCCACUUUCAUACUGCGGUAAAGUCCCCUGUCACUUCGGCAGACAAAGGAAAAAAAAAAGGUGCUAAGAAAGGCGGAAAGAAAAGAAAAUCCAAGAAGUUGGACAAAACUGCAGCAUCCACAUCCAAAGCGAACGAGAAUACCGUCCUAUCUGGUUGCACGCAGAACAAAGAUAAUGCAGCGGAUGAGACCGAAGAUCAGCCAGAAGUUGAAAAAUUGGCUGAUCUGAGCGUGUACAGCAAUUUCUUCCGAGAAUUGGAUGUUGAUGUAUGGCUUCUAUUGACCUACAAAUUGACGAUCAACCAAACACCGCCCAGUAAUGGAAAUUUCAGCCCAGAACUCGGACCAAAUGAGUUGCUAUUUCUUCUCGAAGAUUUCGUUUUCAAAGUGGAACACUGUCUGGCAGCUGUAAAGAAAUUCUCUCACUUGAAAACAGCCAACACAGUUCCGAUUGGCAUCGACUCAAUAUCUUCGAUUCCAGCCGUGAGCAUCAUCAAAAACUGUUUGAGACUGCUUCCAAAUCUGUGCGGCCACCGAAAUACCAUCCUGGAGUAUUCCAAAAAUCUACUGCUCGUUAACGACCAUAUCCUUGAUAAUCGUGGAAUGUUCAUGCCGGAGAGCAAGAAUAUCAAACAAUGUCUAGGACUCAUAUUCAGGGCUCUCACAGCAAUCUUCUCUUGGAACGGGUUUAAAUCGCAGCAGCACCACGAGCUAUUCAAGACUGGGUUAGUUCGGUUGGCGCAGGAUUCCGAUGCAACUGAGGCCAGCUCUGACAUGACUGUUGAUGAAUUGGCCGCUGAGUGUUGCAAGUACCUAGUCAGCAUUGAGGAACAUAUCCUGCAUCUGGCAUCAGCGCAGAGCCUCGUUUCAUUUUACCAAGCUCUUGCCAAGCACCUCAACGAAGAAACUACUAAUGAGGCUCUUGGAAAAAUUUGUCUGAAAUUCCUAAAACGGCGUUGGUACGACCUGGAUGGUACUGAAGAGCAAGGUUCGAUCUAUAACAAAGUGAUUGAAGCAUUCCUAUACAACUAUCUUUCCAUGACUGAAGAUCAGCUGAGUCUUCUCGAAGAGUUCAUCUCUCUAGUGGAAGCAGAGGCAGCUGAUUUGUCUUCAAAAGAUUCUAGAUUGGAGUCUUUCCCGACGAUAAGCAAGACCAACUUUCCUGUUCUGAUGAAGGCACUCUGCAAGUCGAUAGAAAGUGCUAUUCGCCAGGGGCUAGAUUCAGCAGAUUCUGACGUUGAAAAACUCGAAGUCUGGACAAAAGCAACCAACAUUCUGGAGAAAGUUGUGAAACUAGUCAAAACGUUCGACGGCAGACAGAAUCUUGUUGCAUUUGUGAGCAGUUCUCUCGGAAUUUUGCGACUUUUCAACUCCCAAGCAGUACCUGUCUGCUCUGUCAUGUUCCGUACGAAAAAUGCAGAAGUCUCUCAAGCUCUAAAAAGAUUCCAAACCCUCACUAGAUAUGUUCAAACAGUCUGCAACCAUGUAAAAGUGGCUUCAGAUACUGCACUGGCCAAAAAAUUACCGCAAAUCAGAAUGGCUUUGGAAACUGUCGUUUUACAAGUGAAAAAUCUUGUCGUUCUCAAUGGCUGCACGGACGCUUUCUUCCUUGGGAGCAUGAGGAAUAAAAAUUUGAAAGGAGAGGAAAUUCCCACGCAGUCAACAGUGGCAGAUGAAGAUUCAGAUAGCAAUCAAGGAGGCGAUGCAAAUUCGGACGAUGAAGGUGACGCCAGUGGAAACGAAGACAACAAUUCUUCAAGUGAUAAAUCAGACGAUGAGUCAGCCAUGGAGGAAGAUAGAACCUAUUCAUCCUCCCAUUAAGCAUUUCUCUCAUUUUGAUGAUCCAAUUUGAGAGAAAGCAGCGUCCUGAAUAUGUUAGUUUCAACCUAAACCAAUACUGAUGCCAAAAAUUCCUAAGUUGAUAUCAUGCGCCUCAGUGAUGCAAAUUGAUCUGUAGGAUGUUUCUGGACAUUUCUCGUUCAUCUUGGUCUUUAAUUUCUUUCAAUUCCUCUCAGCACUUGUAAAAUGUGUGAAAGUUCUUUACAGGUAUUUCUAAUUUUAUUCAAGUGCAUAUAUCCAUAGUUAAGAGCUAUUUUCUCCAAAAUGUCUUAAUCUGAUUCUAAAAUUACUCUUGAAUCAUUUUUGUUCAGCUGAUAACAUUGAAAGAUUUUGAAUUUUUAGGACAACAAUUCAUGGGUCAAUAUUUUUAAAGCUGUUUUAAAUAGUGUAACUUGUCAUUAUGAUUAGUCAGAAAUCUGAAAGCAGAAGUAAAUUAUCCUCGCAGAAUGAUUUAGACUAUCCCAGAGCAUUUUAACUUGUUAUGAUUGAAAAUUAAAAGACUUCUACAGAUUUAUUUUACGGAGUCACAAAAAAUAAUCAGUCAUGCAAUUUGCAUAUUGCAUUAUGAAAGGAGAAAUUUUUGUUAGAAAUAAAAGUUUUAUGUCUGAAAUAUUUUUGUCUCUGCAAAAAACUCAAAAAAAUUAAGAACAUUUUUGAAAAUGAGGCAAGAAAUAACUGUCAGGUGUGCUUUGGAAUGUUCCUUAACUUCUUUUAAUCUUCUAGACUUCUAGUUCUUUAGUCUCUCAGUUUAAGUUUCUUUUAGUCUUCAAUUACUUUACCUCAGAAAUAUAAUUCUUUUUGUAACAUUUUUCACUCAUAUUUUUUUAUAUUUUAUAUAAGAUGUAAGAUUUUACACAAUUUAAGUUUAUCUUGUUGUCAGAGUAAGAUGUUUAUAAUUUAAAUUAUAGAAGACAAAGUCUCAA